AUGGAAGCUAUCGCUACCGAAGGUGUAAGAUUUAUACUAGAGAAAUUGUUUAAGAUAGCAUCUGUAGAAUUCAAAAUUGUGCACGGUUUCAAGAAAGAAUUUGCAAAUCUGAAAAAAUACUUGAAAAUGAUCAACGAAGUCUUGGAAGAUGUUGAGAGGCUCGAAAUCACUGACAGUGUUGUUAAAAGUUGGCUGAAGGACCUCAAAGAUGCUGCAUAUGAUGCUGACAAUGUUUUGGACGAGAUCAAAUAUGAAGAUUUGCGUCGUACAAUCCAGACCCAGUACAAGAUUAAGCCAAAGGGGUGCUUAAACAUCCCUUGCUAUACUAAUACCACUUUGGCAUUUCGAUGGAAGAUGGCUCAUAAAAUCAAGGACAUAAAUGCCAAUUUCACAAGGAAAAACAACGAAGCUGAUAAACUUCGCCUGAAGAGAGUUACAGAAUAUGCUCAUGCACGGCCUCUAGUCAAUGACACUACCAGCUUCACUGCUGAUCCAAUUGUCAUUGGAAGAGAAAGAAAUGAAUCAAAAAUUCUGGAGACGAUAACCUGCUCAAUCAAUAAUGUCCUUUCAGUCCUUCCCAUAGUCGAAAUGGGAGGAAUUGGCAAGACAACUUUAGCACUCAAGAUCUUCCAUUACCCUCGUACACACCCAUUUUGA